CCUCCAGAUGUUUCCUGGUACGGAACGCUGAGUUGUUGACGAGCAGCGGGUCGAUGUCUCAAAGGUUGAUGUGGCGCUUUAGUGUUCUGCAGGACAUCGACCCGGUUCCACCAAAGUUCUGCUCAUUUGAAGCUCAGCACUGAAGCCGCUCAGGAUGAGGUCUACAGGUUCCUUACUGCUCCUGGCCUUUCUGCUGCUGCCGCUGCUGUCUGCGGCCGUGUUCCUGGACAUCUGCACCGCCAAACCCAGGGGCCUCGCUCUAGAACCACGCUGCAUCUACCGCAGCCCGGAACCGGAGAACGCCGAGGAGCUGACCCUCGAUCCCGAAGAGCUGCCAGAGUUCACCAACCGCAGGGUGUGGGAGCUGUCGAGGGCCAACAGCCGCUUUGCCUUGUCUUUGUACAAGCGGCUGUCCCUGAGCAGAACCGGCGAGAGCAAUGUCUUCAUGUCUCCCAUCAGCAUCACCACCGCCUUUGCCAUGACCAAACUGGGAGCCUGCAACCGGACGCUGGAGCAGAUCAUGAAGGUGUUUGAAUUCGACACCAUCAAGGAGAAAACGUCGGAUCAGGUCCAUUUCUUCUUCGCCAAACUGAACUGUCGUCUGUACAGGAAGAAAGACAAAACCACGGAGCUUCGCAUCGCUAACCGGCUGUUCGGAGACAAGUCGUUCUUCUUCAACGAGACGUACCAGAACAUCAGCGAGACGGUGUACGGAGCCACGCUGCUGCCGCUCAACUUCAAGGUGGACCCAGAACAGGCUCGGAUCACCAUUAAUGAGUGGGUCUCUAAUAAGACGGAGAACCGAAUCCAGGAGACGUUGCCUUCAGGGGCCUUGGACUCCACUACCAUUCUAGUUCUGGUCAACACCAUCUACUUCAAGGGUCAGUGGAAGAACACGUUUCCCAAAGAGCAGGUUCUCCCCUCGGACUUCAGAGUCAACGCCAACCGUAGCUGCCAGGUCAACAUGAUGUACCAGGAGAUGAAGUUCCAGUACAGGUACUUCCCCGACGACCAGGUGCAGCUCCUAGAGAUGCCGUACCGAGGAGACGACAUCACCAUGGUGAUCAUCCUGCCGAGCAGAAACAUCCAGCUCUCCCAGGUGGAGGAACGUCUGAACCUGAAGAAGCUGAACAGCUGGUUGAGUCAGCUGACGGAAACCACGGUCUCCGUCUCCGUCCCUCGUUUCAGGUUGGAGGACGGCUUCAGUCUGAAGGACAAGCUGCAGCAGAUGGGUCUGACCGACCUGUUCAACCCCGACACGGCCAGCCUGCCAGGGAUCCUGGAGGACGGCAGCGAGGUCCUCUUCAUCUCCGACGCCUACCACAAAGCCUUCCUGGAGGUGAACGAGGAGGGGAGCGAGGCUGCAGCAUCCACGGCCGUGGUGGCCGUCGGCCGAUCCCUGAACAUGAAUCGAGAGGUUUUCCUGGCCGACCGACCCUUCCUGGUGCUCAUCAGGGAGUCCACUCUCAACACGCUGCUGUUCGUGGGCCGCGUGUCCAACCCCUGUGACCAGUGAACCCCCCGGCACUGUCAGCACCACCCAAAACACCGAUGUGUGUGGAUGUUUAACAUAGAAGUCAGUAAAAUCCAGACUCACUGCAACAGCAGAGGUGGUUUCUGACGGAUUAUCAUCGUCGUUAGGUUAUCUUUGAUAUGUUUGUGUAGAUUAAAGCAGCUCAUCUCGCCAUCUACGAGGAUAGAUGACAUCUUUAUAAUAAAGCCAUUCUCUUUUGAGUUUA